CUUCAUGGUCGUUACGGCGAAGGUCAACUAGGACAAAGUGCUUUCCCGGAAGCUUGUCUUCUGAUGAGAACCAUUCCAAGACCGUGGAGCGGGGAAGGAAGACCGCCUCCGAGACUGGCUUUGGGUAGGCUGCGUGCCAGGGCGGUUGUUCGGAGGUAGACAUGGCCGAAUAGGAACUGUGGGUUGGAGGAGCGCUGAUAUGAUGGGUAUGAGUGAAUCUUAGUUGAUUUGAUGCUGAUGACAGUAAUGGGAAAGCCGAAGCACGAGGAUGGGUGGGUAUCAGGGUCCCUUUGGGUGGGCGGCUUAUAUCUAGUGAACUGUUCGCUGGUGGUCACGUUUGUGGUUGGCGAACUCGGACUGGCUCGCUCAAGCGGCUGUUCCACGCCAAGAAAGUCGAUGGAAAAAAGAAUUCGGGAUUCAAGUACUAGAACAGUACGGCGCUGGUAGAACGAGAAGGGCGCCCGAAGCUCCGGAAUUUCGGUAAAGAUGGAUAGGGUCUGGGGGGGUUGUCGCUGCUAGGCGGUGCCCAAUGGACAGAUUCCUUUCUUCUACGUAGCCAAUCGGCCAAUAUCUAGGAGAUCCGUCGCUUGCGGUUGAAUGUCACUGUCAACCAAUGGGCGUCGAGCAACCUGUCAUCAACCUGCGGGCAAUGGGACCUGCCGGGGGCCUGUCUCAAUAAAAUAAAAUAAUAAUGAGAAUAAACCACGGGUUUAAUAUAUUUUUUCCAAGGACUGAAUGUCAAUGACAUGCUUUUGGAAAGGCAGUUCGUCAUCUGUGACAUUCAUCCCUGGAAUUCCGCCACCAAGCGGAGAAUCCCAUCUGCUGUGCCCUGCACAGCUGGUAUAGAGCGAUGCUUUUUUAUUUUACAUAUCUGCUCACCUCGCCCGCUCUCAAGUUCUCCCGUUUCACUUAUGAUUAGACAUAGAUAAUAUGGCAUCUGGCACUCCAACAUCGUCCGAGAAGGCCCCUGAAGGCUGCAUCACUCCAGCAGGCUCUUUAACAGCACAGGUUCCAAUUCCAGGUGAGAAAGUACCACCAAAUGCCCCCCUCAGUGCGUUCAAACAGUUGUCAUUCCUCGACCGUUUCCUAGCAAUAUGGAUCUUCCUAGCUAUGGCCAUUGGCAUCAUCCUGGGUUACUUUGUGCCCGAAAUGGCACCAGCUCUACAGACCGCGGGGGAUUUCGGUGCGGUGGAGGUCUCGGUGCCGAUAGCCGUUGGACUGUUGGUCAUGAUGUACCCAAUCCUGUGCAAAGUGCGGUACGAGUCACUGGGAGGAUUGAUCAAAGUGAGGGCACUCUGGAUCCAGGUGGGGUUCAGCAUAUUGGCCAAUUGGAUACUUGCACCGGUAGUAAUGGUUAGUAUGGGAUUACUUCUUUAGCGGGACGGGGAGCAGAUCCUUCUAACAGAGAUAAUAGGUCGGACUAUCGUGGGCAUUCCUCCCCGAUAGGAGCGACCUUCGUGAGGGCUUGAUACUCGUUGGGAUUGCCCGAUGCAUAGCUAUGGUAAAUCCAUAGAACCAACAUCACCCAAAGACACGAAUAACUGAUUAUAUCUCUCAGGUGCUCAUCUGGACCGACCUUGCUGCCGGCGAUAUGGACUAUUGCGCGAUGCUCGUCGCUCUCAACUCUGUCCUCCAAAUAAUCCUCUUCGCCCCGCUCGCAGUCUUCUACAUUAGCGUGAUCUCCCGAUCCAACAUCGAGAUCAGGUACGAGACCGUGGCAGUCUCGGUAGCCGUAUUCCUCGGCAUCCCUCUCGCAGCCGCAGUCAUAACCCGAUACCUAGUCCUAACCCUCCUCUUCGGCGGAGACCUUGAUAAGUAUGGAAAGCGCUUUAUCCGCUGGAUAUCUCCUCUCUCCCUGAUCGGGCUCCUCUUCACAAUCCUGAUCCUCUUCGCUUCGCAGUCCCGCAACAUCGUCGGUAAGAUCACGGAUGUCCUUCGAGUUAGUGCGCCGCUGAUCGUCUACUUCCUGCUCAUAUUUGGUGCUACGCUGUGCGCUUGCCGGUAUUUCGGAAGCGGCACGUUCAAGGGAUUGGGAGAAUGGGGGUACAGUGUUACUGUCACACAGAGUUUGACAGCCGCGAGUAACAAUUUUGAGUUGGCGAUUGCGGUCGCCGUUGCUUGUUACGGGGCUGGGUCGCCCCAGGCUUUGGCGGCGACGGUCGGGCCGUUGAUUGAGGUGCCCGUGCUUCUAGGAUUGGUUGAGGUUAUGAAGUUGACGGGGAAGAGGUGGCAGUGGAGUGAUAGGAGGGUUGUAAACCCUGCUUAAUCCUGCACCCGAGGGAUGGGGCGGACCUUUCUUUUCCCAUUUUCGUUCUCCCGUCCCUUUCAACCAAUGCACACACAUCACAUUUCGGGUUUGCAGAAAGGAUAUAUACAUUAGAAAAGGUUGUUCCCGAACGCCUGAUCAGGCCGUAAAAAGAGAUCGAUUAUGAUAGUACAAGAGGAUAAAUGCACGUAUAAAAGGACUUCAUGUUCAUUAUAAUUUCCAACACGAUACAGAUUGCGAACCAGCCCGAGUGAUCUUCAAUGACGCCCGCAUCACAAUCGACGUGCGUGCUCCGGACCCUUGCAGCGGGAGCCAUCUCUUUCGUCCACCGCCAGCUGCAGCCUCUCCACAUUGCAGUACCGCCCGCAGUAAUAGCCCAACACAUGCUACCGAUAUACGGUAUCGCCGCAGUUACUACCCCAGUCCAACCUGCCCACCCCCGUUCCCCCUUUGCCUUGGCUUUGCUUAUUCCCGCCGUCGAUCAUUAAUUAUACUCAUGCGCCCGCCCCGCCCGCGCACACUACAGUAGGUACGGUUUGAUCGGCACCUUAGCCGGAGACACCCCCACGGAAUGGUGGGGGUGUAAAUCUCGGUACCGAGAAAUGUGGCGUGCAGUGUCGGGUAAGGAUAUGGCAUUGCGGCGGGGUGCGGUGGUGAGGCUUGUGUGGUGGUAUCAUAUG